CCUUGGCAUCUCGUCAAGCUGCCAUUAGAUCCAAAGCCUAGAAAUAGUGCUGAAAACGUCUGCCGGACUCAGAUUGUGGAAGCAGGCAACCAUGCAGGUGCUAAACAAACGCUACCCUAACAACUGCCUGCUGACUGUCAUGGACCGGUACUCAGCUGUGGUACACAAUAUGGAGCAGGUGGUGAUGAUACCCAGCCUCCUGCGGGAUGUACAGCUGAAUGGGCCUGGGGACCGGGCACAGGACACCCCUGAUCUCUAUACUUACUUCACCAUGCUCAAGACCAUCUGCCUGGAAGUGGAACAUGGGAUGCUCCCCAAGGAAGAAUGGCUGGCCAAGGUGGCAGGUGUCCACACUGACAAGGCUGAGAAUGAAAUUGCCGAGAGAGUGGAGGCCCAGGAAGAGAGGGUCUCAGAGUUGGACCUGGAGGCCCGGUUCCACCUGCACUUCUCCAGCCUUCAUCACAUCCUGACCCACCUUACCCUGAAAGCCCAGGAGGUGACAAGGAAGUACCAGGAAUUGACAGGCCAGAUCCUGUAGGCUGAGAACUCUAGGGUCACUCUCCCGGAGUGGGGAUGACUCACAGCAAGCAGUUCAUCAGCCUGGAGAGCAGCAAGACUGGGAUUGGCAGCUGGAAGUGAAGGCGGCUUGUGUCUCAGGGAUGCUUCUGGACCUUCUUCCGAGAACCAAUUUUUGGAAUCCAAUCACUGGCCAAUCUGAGGAUGUUUGUUGCAAUUUUUAACUCCCUCAUGCAGCUCAGGAUGGUGACCAGUGUGGUUCAAGAGGGACUGGCUGUUAGUCUAAUGUCUAGUGUGGAACAGUAGAAAGAGCCAAUGUGUUGACCAUGAGCAAUGCUUACAUCCCUCCUCUUGGCAGUUAUCCACUCUAGUGAUCUCAGGCAAGUUAUUCACACAGGAGUCUAAAUUCCCUCAGGUGUAGAAUAGGAAUACGGUUACCUACCUCACAAAGUACAAAAACAAAGCAAGACAAAUCAAAAGCACCUAUGAGAGCCAUUAAUAAUAGGCUAUUUCUCUCACACUCUCCUCUGUAUUUUCUCUGUUCCUUCCCUUUUAUCUUCUAGAACUAAGAGGUGAGUGGCUCACCUGAUACCUGCUGAUCACUGAAGUGUCCCAGUGAACCAUAAACCUAUUUAUUGCAGUAACAAAUAAAAAAUCUAAAACC